AUGUUGCGGAGCAUACGUCCCACCACAUUAAGCCUUGGUGCACUUUUCAGGCAACAGCUCAAUGGCCGCCGAGCAAGCGUCGCUCGUUGGAUGUCGACUGAUCCUGUAGAGGAUCAUGAAGAAGUCCAGGACUUUGGGGACUACAGUGUCAUUCUACCUGAAGAACCAUUCGUUUUCGGAGUGUCGCAUAUUCCACAGCGACCAGUACCAGAGUAUAUACCGAAACCACCAUAUGCACUUACAUCGGAUGGAAGUAUUCCAGGAGACGGUCCCAGGAAAGAUUCAGGGAAAAUCAAACUAGGAGGGAAAGAGGAGUCUCUUUUACGCCAGGCGGCGAAGUUAGCCAAGAAAGUGAGAGACUUUGCAGGUUCCCAAGUCAAAGUUGGCGUUACGACGGAUACCAUUGAUUCUGCCAUACAUAAUUUCAUUCUCGCCCAUUCCGCAUAUCCAUCCCCCCUGCGUUAUCAAGGCUACCCCAAGUCGUGUUGUACGAGUAUCAACAACGUCAUAGUUCACGGUAUUCCUGAUAAGCGUCCACUGGAAAACGGUGACAUCAUUAACAUCGACAUUACCAUCUUCCUCAAUGGGUACCACGGUGAUACAUCCCAGACUUUUCUCGUUGGAGACGUAGAUGGCCCUGGCAGAGAACUAGUACAAGUCACAAAUGAGGCGCUAGAACUAGCCAUUGCCGUCUGUGGACCAGGGAAACCUUUCAAACUAAUCGGCAAGGCUAUUCACGACUUCCUCCACAACAAAGACUAUUCUGUAUCGCCACAAUUCACAGGACACGGAAUAGGCACUGUAUUCCAUCGGACGCCAUGGAUCAUGCACCAUUUAAACGACGAACCGGGAAUAAUGGAACCAGGCCACUGUUUUACGAUAGAGCCUGCUAUCAUACAGGGCACCAAUCCACGAGGGUGGAUUUUUCCCGAUGGAUGGACGGCAUCUACCGAGAACUGUGCCCGAAGUGCACAGGCUGAACAUAUGAUCCUUAUUACUGAGACAGGCGCAGAUGUUCUCACUCGGUAA